AUGGCGGACGAGUGCUUCAUUUUACGAGACCAUCCGCACCCAUUGCCAUCACACUGUCCCGCAAUUGCGCGCAAGGUCCACUUCCUCGUGGAAGAAAUCCAUGGCUGUCGCACCGUUCGACAGUGCUUCCUUCUCUGGCAUUUUGUGUCCUUGUACAUCGGCUUUCCACUCCGUUUCUAUGCACAAAGUGUUUGGAUGUUCGGCUUCCCACCAGAAGUGAUGAAGGAAGGCUUAAAGCGUCUGCAAGUUGUCGUAGAGGCUAAGGCCAGGUCCCAAUCCUGGGAGUAUCUGAAAGAAUGGAGGCACGUCGCUACAGCGCUACAAGAUGCACAAGUUCCACAUGAUCCCGCAUCUCCCACACAUGUUCCCAGAGUUCCCUCAGUUCCCUCUCCCAGGCACACGGCAUUGCUGGUGCACUAUGCGGCAGGUGCCAAGGCAAUGGCGGAUGCCGCGCCCUUUAUCGACCUUCUGGCCUGCUUUGCCAGCCGGCAGGGUAUGAGCUUUGUUUAUGACAAGACGGUCCACUUCAAGCCAACCUGGCUGAGGUACAACCAAGUGGGAGUCCUGUCCGACGCCUAUAUUCUGGGACGGGGAGCGAGGCCUUUUACGAGCGACGGUCAUCGUCAUCGCUCUGCAAGCUCGAGUUGGAAUUGGACGGCAUCGAACAUCACAGAUGCCGGUGCCGUUGCCGGGCGAUUCUUGCUGGACAUUUUUCAAAGGGUGACGGAAGCUACUUACCCAGGCAGGUUCAAGCGUGGGAUCGCAGCGGGCGACGCAGAGCGGACACUCCUGAGGCUCAGCAACAGAGCUGUGUGGAGACGCACGCUUGGAAUGCUAGGUGUUGUCAGUGGUCCGCCUCUGCGGUGGGUCAAGGCGCUUGCCAUUCAAAGGGCUUUGUCAAGCCACGAGGCGGUGGUCUAUCUGGACUAUGAUGUCACAGUCCGUCCUGAUUGUCUGGGAGCGGCGCGGCUGGUGCAGGACAUUUUCUCCGGCAGCAUCGGUACAGGCCCACAUAUUGUGGUGCGAGACAGCCCGCCUGGCGCGGAUUGCAUGAACACUGGCUUCAUUGCUGUCCGGAAAUCCCCCGUGUCCAAAGCCUUCAUCAGACUUUGGAAGUCCAAAAUGGGCUGGCCCGGAGCUGUCCACGGAGAUCAAGGCCCCUUAGCAGAGACAGUUCUGCAGCUGCUGGACAUCGAGAGACGGAUGGAGCAAGUCCAAAAUGGCAGCAGAUUGACUGAGACCUAUGGCUAUGAGAGCACGUGUUUGCCCAUGCUGUUUCCCACGUGGUACGGUGUGUCCAGCUGGCGGGAAUACUGUGACUGUUGGCAGCAGAUCUUGCGGCUGCAAGUGGGGCCUUACCAGAAUAGACAUUCACGUUUCAUAAAGUUCAUAAAUCCACAGAAGCUUGAUGUGAAUUUCGUGCCUCAGCAUCUGUACGAUUUGCCAAAGAUGCGUUUGUUGCCGUGGCAGCUCAGCAAGCAGAUCAAGCAGAUCAAGCAGGUCUCCCGUUUGGGUAACGUUUCAAAGGAUUCAAGCGUCUUGCUCCCGGAGUUGACUCCCCUGAUCGUUCACUGGGCAGGCUUUGGGAAUCGAACGCACCUCAUGCGCGAGUAUCUGGUAAGACGGUUUGGCGUUAAACCUACGUUCUUCAAAAUGGACCGAUUUCAGCGAUGCUCUGCUCUUGCAGCCAUCAGCCCGCGUGUGAAUCGAAACUGCAUCCAUGGGUCUAUGGGUUCAAGCAUUGAGCACAUUUACGAGAAUUGGGACGAGUCAAAACUUGAUAACAUGAUGCGCGAUGUGCGGAAGGCAGAAGCCACUUUCGCUGCAGCCCUGGUCGCGGGUGAGCUGCCGGACCACACGAGUGACCAUUGGACAGUCACUGCUCGUUUCAGGGACGACCUGCUGUCACUGCUCGGUGGCAAGACAACUACGAGGGACAUGACUGUGCUGGAGCUUGGCACAUAUGUGGGCUACACUACAAGCUUUCUGGCAGGUGCUUUCCGCUUUGCAUUCGGAGUUGACUCACAGGCAAGUUUCGUGAAGCAUGCGACCGAGCUACUCAUGGCCAAAGGGCAAGAAAAUAGGUCGACAGUGCUUCAUCUGAACACCUUGACCGAUGAUUUGUCAGAGCUUGCGAGAAUUUCGAAAGCAUUGGGUGGGAUCGAUGUGGUGUUUAUCGAUGCCGACCACAGUUUCGCAAGUGUCGUCAACGACCUUGGCCUGGCUCUCUACGGAGGUUUGGGACCAAAUUCCAACGGCGGCCGCCCGCGUUACAUCGUCUUAGACGACGUCUUCUCACGGGCCGAAGUACGCCAGGCUUUUGUGGACUUCGAGAAUCUGGGCCUGCUGAGAAGAGUGAACUACUUGGGACAUGAGGAGGGAAUCCUGUGUGAAGUUGCCCCACAGCCACUUCAGUCCAUGGCUGCGUAG